AUGGCAUGGCCAAGAUGGGAUUUUUUUCUGUUUCUAAUGCUCGGAAGGAUGUUUUUAGCGCAAGUCUCUGCUGCAAGUGAUACCUUAACUCAAUCCCAACAACUGUCACUAAAUCAGACACUUGUCUCUGCUGGAAAAAUAUUUGAGCUGGGCUUCUUCAGUCCACAUAGCUCGAGGAGUCUAUAUCUCGGAAUUUGGUUCAAGAAUAUUCCUCGUCAGAGGAUAUUAUGGGUAGCAAAUAGAGAAAAUCCACUCCCAGCUUCUGACUCAACUGCAAUCUUGAAGAUUGGAGGUGAUGGGAACCUCAUAAUUAUGGAUGGCAAUCAAAAUAUCAUUUGGUCAACAAAUAUCUCUGUUCAGUCUAAUAAGACAACAGCUGUACUUACAGACAAAGGGGAAUUCAUUCUUAAAGACGAUGUCACGGGAUCAUCUUUAUGGGAUAGUUUUAACUAUCCUUGUGAUACUUUGUUAUCAGGAAUGAAUAUUGGAUACAACACCAGUUCUGGGGUAAAACUUGUUUUAUCGUCCUGGCAGGCUGAAAAUGAUCCAUCUCCUGGAAAGUUUACUGCCGGACUAUCGGUGGAGAUGCCACUUCAAGGCUUCACUUGGACUAAUUACUCAAAGCCUUACUGGAGAGGUGGACCAUGGGACGGAGCGAACUUCAUAGGCAUACCUGCUGUUGACAAGGGGUAUGCAAGUAAUAUAAAUGUAAUAGUAAACAAGCAACAGGAAUCUGCCUUUCUCAGUUUCAAUGAUUUCAACAAUUCUGAUGUUAUAAUCAUGGUCCUAAAACCAUCAGGGCUAUUGCAGAUGAUUGUAUGGGUGGGAGAAUUGAAUGCAUGGAAAGUCACAUGGGAGGCACCAGGUAAUCCAUGUGAUGUUUAUGGAACUUGUGGUCCUAACAGUGUUUGUGACAUGGGUAAGUCUCCAGUCUGUGAUUGCUUGAGAGGAUUUGUACCAAAGUCAACUGAUGAGUGGAUCAGAGGAAAUUGGACUGGUGGCUGUGUGAGGCGAACUAAACUUCUAUGUGAAAUCAGUACAAGUGGCAAUGCUACAAAGGGAUCCGAAAGUGACAACUUCUUGCAGCUGACAGAGAUGAAACUGCCAGAUCACUACACAUAUUUUUAUGUCUAUGAUGCUCAGAGCUGCAAAGAGUGGUGCCUGAAUAACUGUUCCUGUGCAGCGUAUGCAUAUCCAGAUAGAAUUAACUGUAUGGUUUGGACUUCAGAACUUGUUGAUGUUCAGCAGUUUCCAUAUGAUGGUGUGGAUUUGUUUCUUCGUCUUGCUUAUUCUGAACUAGAUGAAGAUAAAAGGAAGAAAACGCUUAUCAUCAGCAUCACAACCGUUUCAAGCAUUCUCAUAUUGGGUAUCUUCGGAUACAUAUUCUGCAGGUGGAACGCAAAUCAAAGAGGAAAUAGAAGAAAUAGAGUUGAAGACCACAUUUCGUCUGAUAGGUGUCAGAAUUCAAGCGAAAUGUCUACAGACGAAUUGUGGGAAGAGCAAGCAUUGCAAAAAGAUUCAUCAGAUCUACCACUUCUUGACUUUGCUAAACUGGCUAUUGCAACUGAUAACUUCAGUGAAAUAAAUAAGAUUGGAGCAGGAGGAUUUGGCCCCGUUUACAAGGGAAAACUGGCAGAUGGACAAGUGAUAGCUGUCAAAAGAUUAUCUAGUCACUCUGGACAAGGAAUUGAAGAGUUCAAGAAUGAAGUCUUGCUAAUCUCCAAACUGCAGCACAGGAAUCUCGUCAGAGUAUUGGCCUAUUGCAUUCACGGGAAAGAGAAGUUACUAGUUUAUGAGUACAUGGCUAACAAAAGCUUAGAUACUUUGUUGUUUGGUAAGUGUCAUCAGCUUCCCUGGCCAAAACGUUUCAACAUGAUUCAAGGCAUUGCUCGUGGACUUCUUUACCUUCAUCGAGAUUCUUGUUUAAGGGUCAUUCACCGAGAUCUGAAGGCAAGCAAUAUUCUGUUGGACGAUGAUAUGAAUCCAAAAAUUUCAGAUUUUGGAUUGGCCAGAAUUUUUCAAGUGACUCAAGAGCUAGCAAACACUAACAGGAUAGCGGGAACAUUCGGUUAUAUGUCACCAGAGUAUGCAAUGGGAGGACUAUUUUCUGAGAAAUCUGAUGUCUACAGCUUUGGCGUAUUGCUACUAGAGAUUGUCAGUGGAAAGAGAAACAGCGGAUAUUAUGACCACGAAAAGCAUCUCAACCUUCUCAGUUAUGUGUGGCAGCUGCGGACUGAAAGCAACGGACUAGACUUAAUGGAUAAAUCAGUUUUGGACUCAGAUUCCUCUGCAACAGUGCUGAGAUGCAUACAUAUUGGCCUGCUUUGUGUCCAGGAUCAUGCUGCUGAUAGGCCAUCAAUGCCGUCUAUCGUUCUUAUGCUAAGUAGUGAGAUGGAUCUUCCUCAACCAAAGCAACCUACAUUUAUAUUUCAAAGAUGGUUGAAUUCUGAUAACCAAUCUCAAGUCAGCAAAACUCAGUCUGUUAAUGAUAUUACUGUCUCUGUGGCAGAAGGACGAUAA